AUGGCUGCCGGCGCGUCGCGCGCCGCAUGGGCCACGGGCUUGCAGAGCGGGAGUCCGGUUGCGCCGUGUACCUCGCUGCUGUGGUCCGAAGAGGGGCAGGCCGCGGUCGUGCUUGCAGACGCGAUCCACAUUCUCACGCCCGGCGUGGGGUACGUCGAUGGGCCGCCCGGCGCCGAGCAUACCUCGACCCUGCUCGCUGUGCAAACCGCGCUCGAGCCCUCGCCGUGGCCGGAAGCGGGCGACGAGGAGUGCACGACGGCGACGGCGCCUGUGCGCCGCACAGACACAUGGCUCGCUGCGGCAUGGUCGCCGGCCGGAUUGGGGCCGCACGCCAGCUGCGUCCUGACGGCGAUCCACGCGCGGGGCACGCUCGGGGUGUACGUCGCACAGGACGACGCGCGGCACGGGCCUUGGAGCUGGGCGAUGGACAUGGACGCACGCCACGCAGACGGGCGCUCGGCGGCGGCUGCGCGCCUCGGCAGGGCCUACACGGCCCUGGCAUGGGGGCGGAUCGGCGACGAUGCGUACCUCGCCGCCGGCACGCAGGGCGGCGACGUCGUCGUGUGGCGCAUGGCGCAUCGCGAGGGAGGUCCCGAGGCGACGUAUACCACGACGCUGCGCCUCGAGGCCAGUGUCCAGCACAUCGGCUGGAACGACGCGCGCCUCGCCGUGUGCACGACCGAGGCAGUGCACGUCCUCGCGCUCUCCACGACACUCGAGCGCCGCGCUGCGCUGCCGAUGCGCCGUGCGGUGAGCUGCCUGACCUGGGCGGCCUCGACGCUGCACAUGGCGACGCCCGGCGCGCUGGUCUGCUGGGACACGACACAGCCGAGCGCGACCGAGCACCGCAUCGACAGCGCGUACGGCGCAGGGACAGUCGGCACGGCCGUCGCGCUGCGCACCGGCGCGCUCGUCGGCUGGGACGCGCAGCCACGCGACCCCGUCUGGACGCCGGCCGUGCAGCCGCUGUGGGCCGUAGCCGAGGCCGCGCCGCUCGUCGCGACGCUCGCCGAGGCCGACGAGCACGCGUCGUGGCGCUACCGUGUCGCGCGGCGCAUGUCGUACACGCUCUACACGCCCUUUGACAAGGACUGGGACGCGUCCGAGGACCAACUUGCCCGGCUCUAUGCGCUCUUUCCGAGCGAAGCCCGCCUGCCGAUCCUGCGCUGGCGCGCGGUGCUUUUGAGUGCCGUGCAGUGUGCGCAACAAGACGUGGUCCUGGACAAACUAUGUGUGCGGCUCGACGAGGAAAAGGUGCGCCCCCUUGCGGCGGCCUGUGCCUCGCUGCUGGAGAGCGAGGCGGAUACGUAUGCAGCGUGGGCGUCGCCCGCCGCCGAGGCACAGAGCGCACGCUGGUGCAGCGCAUGGGCGAGCGCAAGGAGCGGGGCGCGGCACGCCGUCGCGGACGCCGCGUCGUGGCUUGCCGAGCGUGUCGUGGCGCUGGCAAGUGCCGCGGCGGCGCUCGGCGCCGGCGACCGUGGCGCGCACGUCGAGCGCCUCGCGGCGCGCCUGCUACUUUUGGCGCAGGACGCGCCGGAUUCGCAGCCUUCCUUUUCGUCAUUUUUGGUUCAGAUCGCACGGCGUUUGCACCCCUUUUCCGAGAAUUGGGCGAUGGACGAUCUGCAUCUCGGCGAGUAUGCGCAGUGCACGGCCGGCCAUGUCUUUGCCUGGCUGCGUGCAGUGCGUGUGGAAAUCGGUGGCGGUCACCGUAAUUAG